AUGUCUAGCAGAAGAUCCCGUUCUAGACAAUCCGGUGCUUCCUCUGAGAUCACUGAUGCUCAAAUCACUGAUCUCAUCUCCAAGUUACAACAACUCAUCCCCGAACUUCGCGCUACCCGCUCCAACAAGGUUUCAGCUUCUAAGGUAUUGCAAGAGACUUGCAACUACAUAAAAAACUUGCAUAGAGAAGUUGAUGAUUUAAGUGAAAGAUUGUCACAACUUUUGGAAACUACAGAUUCCAACAGUGCUCAAGCAGCUAUAAUUAGGAGCUUACUUAUGUAA